GGUUUAAAAAAUAGCACCGUAACUUGGUGGGCGUUAUCCUCGUAAUGUCUCUGCGUGAGAAAUACAAGGUGUGGCGUGUGAGCGUGUGAACGGGUUGAAAUGCGUGGGUCUCACGCCCAAUGCGUGAGACUUGAGAGCCAUGGAAUGUCCAUGAACAGUGAUGUUUUCUCUUGUGUAAUCAUUCAAUAGAGUCAGAAAACUAGUCCAAAUGCCGUUCAGGAAUGCAGCAGUGAGGCUACGUGAUGGACGCAUGACGCAGCGCGUCUAUUGGCUGUUUAAACUCCAGCGCGUCCGAUUGGCCUGAGACGAACUUUAGGAGUGAUGGAACAGGACGUGAGAAUUUAAUUAAGUCUGAACAGGUCGAGAAUAUACUACGUGAACUGACCCAGGGCCGCUGCAUGGGUGCUUUCACUUGCAUUGCCUAUCCACUGAACCCGUGAAUGAGCACUUUUUACGCCUGGGUUUAUUUACUGGCACGGGAAGCAUGCACCUUGCGCUUCUGCUGACUCUGGGCUUCGGGUUCGCGUUUGCGUGUCAGUUGCCCAGCGAGUGGAGACCACUGAGCGAGAGCUGUCGAGCUGAACUCGCCGAGAUUAUCGUGUACGCCAAGGUGCUGGCCAUCCACGAGGAGCCGUACGCGUCAAGUCUUUACAAUUACCUGCCGUACCAGAAGCACGAGCGCGCGGAGGACGCGCUGCUGUACGCGGCGGAGGUGGAGCUGCUGUGCGACCAGGCGUGGGGCAGCAUGCUGGAGGUGCCCGCGGGCUCGCGCCUCAACCUCACGGGACUCGGGUACUUCAGCUGUCAGUCACACACGGUGAUGGAAAACAACUCCUACAUUUUCUUUCUCAGGAUGGAUGAAAACUACAACAUCCUCCCUCAUGGAGUUAACUUCCAGGAUGCCAUAUUCCCUGACACACUAGAGAACAGACGACUGUUUUCCAGUCUCUUCCAGUUCUCAAACUGCUCUGGUGGACAGACAAUACACAACUUUAAUAGUGAUUGGGAGAGCCAGGAAGACAGCAGGCUGCUGUGUUCCUCCGUGCAGAAGGUGUUGUUUGAGGAGGAGGAGCGGGUGGGACAGCUUGAGGAGCGCGUGGCCGAGCUGGAGAGGAGGAACGACCGGUUAAAAGAGCGAGUGGGGAAACUGAGGCAUUCUCUGAGGAAGGCCCGAAAAGUGUCCCGCCGUGCUGAACGGGAGUACCAGGAGCUGCAAGAGCGCCUGAAGACAGCAGAGAGACACAUUUACUGUAUCUGCUCCAUCCCUGAUCGCGUGCACAACAUGAGCUCUCCUAAGAAAGCGACCACUGAACCUCGUGUCAUCAAAGAGGAGCUGAUAGUGAGUGGAAACUGGGUGAAGCUGGAGAAGACCACAUAUGUGGAUCCCUCUGGAAGCACCAGAACAUGGGAAACAGCUAAGAGGACAACCCGAGUCGCAGACAGCGCUGCCGAUGGUGUAUCAAUCAUAGCCCUCCUGAAGAGGACUCUGCAUAAAGACUGUGUCGUAAUGGUGAAGCAGUUUCGUCCACCCAUGGGAUGCAACACACUGGAGUUUCCUGCAGGUCUGAUAGAUGACAAUGAGAGUGUUGAAACUGCUGCUUUGAGGGAACUAAAGGAGGAAACGGGUUACAAAGGAGAAGUAGUGGGCAUCACCCCAGUCACGUGUUUAGACCCAGGCUUGUCUAACUGCACCACACAGAUGGUGAUUGUGCAUAUCAAUGGAGAUGACAAUGAAAAUAUAAACCCCAGUCAGCAGCUGGGUGAUGGAGAAUUUGUGGAGGUUAUUCAUCUACCUCUGGAUCAAUUUCAGCAAAAAAUUGAUGAGCUGCUGCAGAAAGAGAAAAUAGUGGUGGACUCCAAGGUCUAUAUUUAUGCCAUGGGAAUGUCACAGGCCUUCUUUAAACCCAGAGAGUUGCCUCUGAUGAAGCAGUGAGAUGCACAAAUCUCUCACCUGUAGAACACUAAAGACAGACAAAGUUUUUUGUGCUGUAACACACUGUUGUGUAUGGAAGCCUGUUUCUGCAAUGGGAUAAAAAAUAAAUAAAUAAAUAAAUAAUAAUAAAAGAGUAACUGAGACUUUUUAACCACAACUUAC